GACUGUCAAACAAUCAAAGUAAAACCUCUGAGACAGGAAACAUAAUCGACCAUCCAAAACAGAGAUUUCACUUCAGUUUUACUUCAGCUUUCAAUAAUGAGUGGGGACCCUCUUUUUGUUAACGUAAAGAGAUGGAUAGCAGAACAUGAGAAUGCCUUUCUUCCACCAGUGUGUAACAAACUCAUGCAUUUUCACCAGCUGAACAUCAUGUUUGUUGGUGGUCCCAAUACCAGAAAGGACUACCACAUCGAGGAAGGAGAGGAGCUCUUUUUUCAGGUGAAAGGGGACAUGUGUCUGAAGGUGGUAGAGAAUGGCAAACACAAGGAUAUUCAUAUCCGUGAAGGAGAGAUGUUUCUGUUGCCAGCCCGGAUCCCCCACUCCCCCCAGAGACAGGCCAACACCGUGGGCUUAGUGGUUGAGAGAAGGAGGCUUCAGACGGAGACUGACUGCCUGAGGUACUACGUGGAGAACUCGUCAGACAUCUUAUUUGAGCGGUGGUUCUACUGCGAAAACCUGGGGACCCAGCUUGUGCCUGUUAUUAAAGAGUUUAUGUCCUCUGAGCAACACAGGACAGGAAAGCCAAAUCCAGCUGAAGUCUUCAGACAGCCUCCUUUCCAGCUGAACACCAUGAAUGUGAUGACCCCCUUCUGCUUCAAGGACUGGGUGGACAAACAGCGCCCCUCCCUGGCCACCGGCCGUCCCAUCGACAUGUUCGGUGCCCAGUUUGAGACGGAGACUAUGCUAUACGGUCCUGGCCAAACUGAGAUGAGCAGAAGAGAGAGUGAUGUGUGGCUAUGGCAGCUGGAAGGCUCUUCUCGUGUAACUAUGGACAAACAGGAGUACCCUCUUUCUGCGGGAGACAGUCUGCUCAUCCCAGGACAGAGCCAGUAUCAGUGGACGAGGGAGGAGGGGACAGUUUCUCUGAUGGUCAUUCAGAACCCUGAAAGAAAACGACCAUGACCACUGAAACCUGCACACAUACAAUUAAUUUAGGUUUCCACAUGCCACCAAGACGAUAACCCUGAGAAUGACUGCUCACUGCAUGAUGGAAAGUCAAAUAAAAAGGGAAUAUGUUUCCACAUGACUACAAUUAUUGCAGAACAUUCAUACAAGCGUUUGUAAAAACGUACCUUACAAAAUACAAAAACAAGUGUUAUCCACAUUUGAUGCAGUGACUAAACUAUCUGUCUAAACACUAAACUAGUGUACGCUAAAUUAAUAUACGUUCUAUGUUGCUGGAAAUAUUUACAGAUAAUAUAUACUGUUUGUAUGUGAUAAUUAGAUGUUUAUUGUAUACUUUGCAGAUAUUGUACAUCCACAAGGGUGUAGGUGAUGAAAUUAGGAAGUUGGAUUACACGUCAGACAUCCUGUGCUUACA